GUAAGAUCGUUGAAGGUCAAUGAAGAGCGGUUGCCUCACGAGUGGGAGGGGAGAGACGGAAAAAUCUGGUUUUUCCCAACAUCUCUUCUGUCUCGAUCCCACUUCUAGGGGAUUAGACUCGUUUCGAAUCCAGUUCUCAUCGCACGCGUCCCCAUUCAAUUACUGUGGCACCGAUCUCCUCCUCUACUAUCGCCGUACGACCGAGACAAGGAAACAUGGCUCCACCACCGAUGGGACCGCUGCGGCUAUUCCUCCUCAUGUGUUCAGUCCUGCCUGGGGAGGUGUUUCCAGCUCCCCAUCCAUCACCAGCAGCAGCACCAUCGCCGCAGAUGUUCAAGUUAAGGGGGCCGAAAGCUGAGACCGGUGACCCGUUCCCAAUCAUUCCCAUGGUAUCCCGAGGCCGGAUUCUUCGUCCCGAUCCCGUCGCUAUGAUCCUUCUGCGGAAACGAAGGGUCGUCCCGCAUCGCAUCAACCGUGGCCCCAAAGCCGAUGAGCCCGAAAUUAGUCCCCUCUCGCAAGAUGAAGCGGAAGUCACGCAGGGUGACCGCCGAGCCAACAUACUUCGAGGUCAACGCGUCCUUGCAUCUCCGGAUGACUCCAGCAUCCCAAUACAGCAAAAUUUUGAGUCCUCAGACCUGGAAAAAAGGAAAGACAGCCAAGAAGAUAAAGAAUCUAGUAAGGCAUCACGUCCAGAGGAUUCAAAGAAGUCAGACAAAGGGCUCGAUGAUGGUCAGAGUGACAUUGAAUCUCCAAACAAAGUCCCUCAAGGCUCAGGCAAAGCAGACAAAGGAAAAGAAGACACAGAUGCUCAAAAGGAAGACGCUCGAACGGCUACGGGUACUGGGGAAGCCAUUUCAGAGGACGAUACAAUCGACAACACAAAAGAGAGUCUUUCUACGAAUGGAGAAAUAGGAAGAGAUGACGGAAAUGGAGGAAGUGGAGAUGGGCUUGAUGCUACCGCUGAUGACGGUGAUGCUGACCAAAACGGAUCUAAUGACAGUUCUCACGAUAUUGAUAAGGAUGGAUCUGAUGAUGGUACUGAUGACGCAAACAAAGAUGGGUCU